AAUCUUUCUUGUGUUCCGUCCUUUUCCAUUUCGCCUCCUUUCCUUUCUCUGCCCUUCGAAUCCGAUUCCAAAUCCCUUCUCCGGCGGAAUCCAUGGUAGCGGUGCUCUAGAUCCGAUCACCUCCCCGCUUCCGGCGCCAGCGAUGAAGCGGAGCAAGAGCAGGGACUCCCUCCUCACUCGGCGCCGGAAGUUCUUGCUCUUCGUCCUCGCCGCCGCCCUGCUCUACUUCCUCUUCAUCGCGUUCAAGUUUCGCCUUUUCCUAGACGUCGGACUAGAACUUCCGCUAGAUGAUGUCAGGAGUGGACUGCAUGGCUCGUCCUACCUCGGCGCCGCUCAAGAACGGAAGUUGGAGGAUGGCCGGAACUUGGACGCCCCUCGGAAGCCACUAGAACACGACGCCCUGUACCGCGGCUCCGACCAGGCGAUUCGCGAAGGGUAUGGUCGUAUCAGCGGUGGAGUGAUGCGGCAGUACAUGCGGGGCAGGGGUCGGCAGCGAAGAGGGAAUUUCUCGGAGUUGGAAAGAAUGGCGCAGGAAGCGUGGGCGGUGGGACUCAAGGCUUGGGAGGAGGCUGAUAAGUACCACCCCAGCGAUGGCUUGAAAAACACCGCCGUAAUUGAAGGUAACCCGGCAUCUUCUUGCCCACCGUCGAUGUCGAUGAGCGGAGAUGUGGACGCGGCGAGCAGCGAGCAGGUGCUGUUUCUCCCCUGCGGGUUGGCGGUGGGAUCGUCGUUCACGGUGGUGGGCACGCCGCACACCGCCCAUAAAGAGUAUGUGUCUCAGCUCGAGCGACCAGGAGAAGAGAAUGGAACUGUCCUGGUGUCCCAGUUCAUGGUAGAGCUGCUGGGGCUCAAGUCAGUGGAAAAUGAAGACCCGCCCAAGAUUCUUCAUUUCAAUCCGAGGCUGAAGGGUGACUGGAGUGAAAAGCCGGUCAUUGAGCACAAUACCUGCUACCGUAUGCAGUGGGGAAGAGCACAUCGCUGCAAUGGCGAUGCUUAUAAGGACGAUGAUGAAACUGUCGAUGAUUUUGUCAAAUGUGAAAGUUGGGAGCAUGAGGAUAUUACUAACCUGAAAGAACCAAAAACAAUUUCAUGGUUGAAGAGAUUCAUUGGACGUGCAAAGAAGCCAGAAAUGAGAUGGCCUUUCCCAUUCACAGAGGGUAAGCUUUUUGUUCUAACAAUUCAGGCUGGGAUUGAAGGAUACCAUAUUUAUGUUGGUGGCCGACAUAUUUCUUCUUUCCCAUAUAGGACGGGAUUUGCCCUCGAAGAUGCAACUGGUUUAACAGCUAAGGGAGACGUUGACGUACACUCCGUAUAUGCAACUUCUCUUCCAACUACUCAUCCUAGCUUCUCUGUUCAACAAGUAUUAGUUAUGUCAGAGAGAUGGAAGGCCCCUCCAUUGCUACAAAGCUCUGUUGAACUUUUCAUUGGUAUAUUGUCAGCAUCAAAUCACUUUUCUGAACGUAUGGCUAUAAGGAAAACCUGGAUGCAAUUUCCUGCAAUAAGAACAUCAACUGUGGUAGCCCGCUUCUUUGUUGCACUGAGUCCAAGGAAGGAGGUAAAUGCAGCAUUGAAGAAAGAAGCUGAGUAUUUUGGAGAUGUUGUGAUUUUGCCAUUUAUGGACCACUAUGAUUUAGUGGUUCUAAAAACAAUAGCAAUUUGUGAGUUUGGAGUCCAGAAUUUGACAACACGAUAUAUCAUGAAAUGUGAUGACGAUACAUUCGUUAGGGUGGAUGUCAUCGUGAGAAGACUUAAAGGGGUUGCUCCUCAUGCAUCUCUUUACAUGGGUAACCUAAACAUCUUGCAUAGACCACUUCGAAGUGGAAAAUGGGCAGUUACAUUUGAGGAAUGGCCAGAAGAGGUAUAUCCUCCGUAUGCUAAUGGACCUGGAUACAUCAUUUCAAACGACAUUGCCCGAUUUGUCGUAUCUCAACAUGCUAAUCAAAGCUUAAGACUAUUCAAGAUGGAAGAUGUGAGCAUGGGCAUGUGGGUCGAAGAAUUGAACACCACAACAUACAUUCAAUACUCUCACAGCUGGAGAUUCUGCCAAUAUGGAUGCAUUGAGAACUAUUACACAGCGCAUUACCAAUCACCCCGGCAGAUGCUGUGCUUGUGGGAGAAACUCUCCCGCGGUGUAUCUCAAUGUUGCAACUUCAGAUAAGUCACCCAUCGAUCAACCAACCAACAUGCGAAUGCGAGCUGAGGCUUGAAUUUUGGUAGUUAAAUUUGGUCUCACCUAAUAGCUGGUUUGGCUAGUAUAACCCUAGCUAUUGUUUAACCCCCUGCUCUCACAAUUACUACGAGUAGUGUAUAUCCAUUUUAUAUCGAUUAAAAGAGCCUCCAAAUCAGUUUAUACC